AUGCCAGUGAAGGAAUCGAAGAAGUUGGUGAACCGGACAUGCCACGUGCUGGAGGAGCUGGGCAUGUCUGCCUUCCAAGACGCCUUGAAGAAUUGCAUCCGGCCUCAGCUGGAAGCCCAUGCCGACCAACUGGCCUCCUUGAAGGACACCCAGAGCCUCAGCGCCGCCCAGCGGCUCAGACAUCAGAUCCCGUCCUUGAGCCGGAGCCUUCAAGAGAUCGCCGAUGCCCUGGGCGCAGGCGGCGCUCCAUCGGCGCUGCAGCAGGCGCCCCCGGUCUCGGCCAAGGCCGAGGAGCUGCUGCGGCUGGUGAUGCGGCUCUUCGCCGCGCACGCGCAGGACUCUGGCUACCGUGGAAUCAUUUUUGUGGAGCAGGUGACGCUCACCUUGCCCUUGGCGCAUCUCAUCACGUCUCGCCUCGGCGGAAACGGCGGGCCCUCGGCCGCGGCCAUCUCGGGCGGCGGGUCGAUGACCGAGAGCGUACGCUCCAAGCAGAUGGAGGAGUUCCGGCGUGGUCAGGUACAGGUCCUGGUGUGUACCAAUGCCCUGGAAGAGGGCGUCGAUGUCUCGGAUUGCGCCUUCGUGAUUCGAUUCAACAAGUUCCACACCACCAAGAGUCAUAUCCAGGGCAGCGGCCGAGCGCGCAAGGAAAACGCCGAGAUCUACUACUUCGACAAUUGUCCGGAGAAUGAAGAGGAAAAGGCGCGGCGCUUGAACCAGGUGGCCAAGGAUGAGCAGCUCCAACUGAGCGCCCACGAGCUGCAGCAGCGGCGCAAGGACGGCAUCAAGCAGAAGGAAGGCGUUUAUCCCUUCUAUCCGCCCGGAGGCUCUGAAGUGAACUUCUUCAACGCGUUGCAGAUCGUCUAUGAGUACUGCGCCAAGACCAUGGGGCAAUCGAUCAACCCGGAGGAUCUCUUCACCUACACCGAGGAGGUCGUUUGCGUCUAUCCCAUGCAAACGCGGCGGAUGGUCUCGGAAGUGAAGUACCCCACACCACUGGGUUUUCAGCCCGUGAGCAUCCAAGAGAUCAACGAGCACUGGAGAGAUGUGAAGCUGGAAGAGGUCUUAGACCCAGAUCGAACCAAGAGAUUGAAGCAUGAAGACAUGGAUAAGCGGCGAGCUCUCUUCGUCGUGGCCAUCCACAUGCAUCGGAAUCGGCUCUUGGACGCCAAGAACCAACCCAGCGCCGAGGCGCUGGCGGGCACCAAGUUGGCGCGAUGCCCUUGA